ACAUCGCCGCUGAGGCAGCGAGCAGAGCUGACAGCGGCGGAGCUGGCGCUGCAGGACUCAGGGAGCCUUGCCGGCUCCUCUGACUGGCGUCUGCGAGUACAACAGCGACUGACCCACUCCGGUUCGGGCAUUUACGUAGACGUGGAGCGAUGCUUGUGACUCUGCAGCUCCUCAAAGGCCCCUAGAAGCCUGUCUAUCGGUGCAGUCCAGGACCUCCAGCCUCAUGGAGCCCCCGAUCCCGCAGGGCGCCGCCCCUUUGACUCCCAGCUCCGUCAUGGUGCAGCCCCUCCUUGACGGCCGAGUGGCCCACAGCCGGCUCCAGCACCCACUCACCAUCUUACCCAUUGACCAGAUGAAGACCAGCCACGUGGAGAAUGACUACAUAGACAAUCCCAGCCUGGCCCCCUCCAUGGGUCCCAAGCGGACCCGGGGUGGGCCCCCAGAGCUGGCCCCUACACCUGCCCGCUGUGACCAGGACGUCACUCACCACUGGAUCUCCUUCAGCGGGCGGCCCAGCUCUGUGAGCAGCAGCAGCAGUACCUCCUCAGACCAGAGGCUGCUCGACCACAUGGCUCCACCGCCAGUGGCUGAGCAGGCUUCGCCCAGGGCUGUGCGCCUCCAGCCCAAGGCGGUCCACUGUAAGCCACUGGACCUCAAGGGCCCAGCAGCUCCGCCAGAGCUCGAUAAGCACUUCUUGCUGUGUGAGGCCUGUGGGAAGUGUAAGUGCAAGGAAUGUUCGUCCCCUCGGACGUUGCCCUCCUGCUGGGUCUGCAACCAGGAGUGCCUGUGCUCGGCCCAGACCCUGGUCAACUAUGGCACAUGCAUGUGCCUAGUGCAAGGCAUCUUCUACCAUUGCACCAACGAGGAUGAUGAGGGCUCCUGUGCUGACCAUCCCUGCUCCUGCUCCCGCUCCAACUGCUGCGCCCGCUGGUCCUUCAUGGGUGCCCUCUCUCUGGUGCUGCCCUGUUUGCUGUGCUACCUGCCAGCCACAGGCUGUGUCAAGCUGGCCCAGCACGGCUAUGACCGCCUGAGACGUCCUGGUUGCCGCUGCAAGCACACGAACAGUGUCAUCUGCAAGGCAGCCAGCGGCGACCCCAAGGCCAGCAGGUCCGACAAGCCUUUCUGACACUGCCCUUGGAAACGUGGUCCCCUCCUGCCAGUCUCCUAAGGCUGACCUUGCUCAUCUGUCCUCUCCUAAACCCUAGAUUGAGAAGAAGCAGGCAGAGACCACUGCCACCCAGCUUAAGAGUCCCCAAAAGGAUGAAGAUGCACUUUGGGAUUUUCAUGUUCUUGAAACUUUGUGUCAAGCAGCAGUGAUAGCAUCGGGGUGUGCUGGUUUGGGAUGUGGUUUUCCUAUUUCAGAAGACGGAACACAGAUGUGGACACAAUCCGGAAGUUCGGCUGCUCAAUGGCCUUCCCAGCUCCUCCUCGGUCUCUUCCUCCCACUUUGCUAUUGUCUGUGGCUCCUGCUGGAGCCUCCUGCCUGGGAAGAACAGUUAAUGGAAGGUGGGAUACCUUGAGGAAGACCCUCAGAGCCUUGACUUCUACCUUUUCUUCCUCUGUCCAUGCCUGUUGGCCUUGGCCUCUUGGGAAGGUGCGCUGUAGCAAUUCCUGCUGUAUGGACUUGAUAGCUGAGAACAGAUCACCCGGAGCCACAGGAUGGCUAAGGAGCCACGGGGCAGUGUGUUCCUCCUAGCUUCAAUCACUAACUUGGGGGUGUCCACUCAUCACACCAUCCUCUGCUUCUUAACGGAGUCACGGACUGGCCUGCCUGCUGUGUGUCCCGAGCGCUCUCUACUCAGAUUCUUUGCAGAAACUUGCUGGGUUAAAGAGGGCCAGGGCGACACAAGCGAGACCAAAUAUCAUUUUGCCAAUGAGUCUGAGGCUGUGGUCUCUGGAUCCAGUCACGAUGUUUUUACAUGUUUAAUUAAACUAGAUGCUAAUGGUGUUUAAACAAUAAUAAUACAACAACUUGCUUCCUUUUGGGCCACCCCCCCAGGAAGGGCUGAUUUCAAAAUCUGGGGGCAACAACCUCAAGGAGCAUAAUUCCCCUGCCCAUCAAGAAUGGCGAAGAAGAGGCCACACCUCCCAUUGGCAGAAUGACAGUUGAGCCGAGCUGAG